ACUACACCUCGAUGUAGACUUUUCAUGUCCACGGACCAAGACUGCGAGGGGAACUGGAGUGAAGAUCCAGAAACCAGAUUUGAGAAAAGAGUAACUUCAAGGGAAAUCAUUAACAUACUGCCGCGCAUACGUCCGAGUGGAGGGGUGUGUCAGGGGGCUACGCUGAGGACAUGUGCCCAGUUGCGACAUGGCAGCGAUGGAGAAGACCGCUGGAAAAAGAAGACCCCGACGAGGCGAUGCAGCGCGAUGGCUGUGCGGUGCGUUGUUUUUCUUCUCCCUCUGGAUUCCGGUCCGCCCGCAGUGUCCCGAAGGCUGCCACUGCACCCGCGACACUGCCACGGUGCUGUGCUCAGACGCGGGGCUGCGCGAGGUCCCCGAGGGGAUCCCGGAAGACACGGUGUCCCUCCACCUGGAGCGCAACGACAUACGCAGCCUCCCCGAGAACGCCUUCGCCCAGCUGGCCCGCCUGCGGGACCUCCACCUGGCGCACAACCGCAUCGACUCGCUGUCCUCGGGGGCCCUGCGUCGCUUGGGCCCUGAGUUGCGCCUCCUGGACUUGUCGCACAACCAGCUGAGGCAGGCCAGCCGGGACGAGUUCGGCGGCACGCGGGCCAAGACGCGCCUCUACCAUAACCCCUGGCGCUGCGACUGUUCGCUCCAGGAACUGAUGGAGUCGCUCAACCUUGAACCCGAGACGGUCAACGGCAUCGUGUGCGAGAGCUCGGCGCGGGGGCCCGGCGAGCUGGGCCGAUGGGAGGACCCGGUGGCGUCCGGCGGCGAGCACGCCGGACAGCCGCUCGUCAGGCUUCUGGAUUCGGGCGUUAACUUCUGCAGUCUGCAUAGGAAGACCACCGACGUGGCCAUGCUGGUCACCAUGUUUGUCUGGUUCUUCAUGGUCAUCGUCUACGUGGUCUACUACGUCCGGCAGAACCAGGCCGAAGCUCGGAGACACCUGGAGUACCUCAAAAGCCUGCCCAGCCCCCGCAAGACUCCCACUGAGACUGACACCCUCAGUACAGGCUUCUGAUUGGAUAGACGUUGGAACUCGUUGCCUUUUUAUGCUUGAGCGGGUUUUCUUUGCAACUGUCCAGACCAAAAACAAUGUUUUUAGGAGAUCAGUAAUGGAUUAAUUUAUAGGUGUCAAAUUGAGGCUCCAGGGCCAAUUGCAGCCUGCAGGACAAUAUUUUGCAGCCCUGUACUUGACAUAUAGGUUAACUGUUUGUAUGGCAAGUGCAAGCGAUGUUAAACUCAUCUUUGAGUUUGGAUAGACAUUAUGUCUGCCAGCCAGCAACUGAUCGACAACUAUUUGGUUAAGAAAUGAA